UCUGGAGCACUGUGAGAACCAGUCGGAGGUGAGAGUCUGGAGGACGGUAAAGGUACCUGAGGGAGAAGACACUGUUCUCCGUCACACUCCCAUCGAAGAAACCACCAGAUCAGAUUUCUCAAGUCAUUGUCCAAGUCCAAGUACAACAGGUUUCCUUCUCCGUCUCCGCGCCACCAUGGCUCCAACCCUGACCACAGCCUUUGCGCGCCGCUGGUGGAUGGCCGUGACCGCGAUCAUCGAAAACCUGCUCUUCUCUGCCGUGCUGCUCGGCUGGGGCUCUCUGCUCAUCAUGCUCAAAUCUGAGGGCUUCUACUCGUACACGUGCAACGAGCCUGGCAACAGCUCCUCCUUGCUGAACCUCACGUUGCACCCUGCGGCGGCCGUGGGCAGCCAGUCGGAGGACGAGUAUGACUACUACCAGGACCAGGGCGGUGUGGAGGUCCGGCCCCUGCACCCGGAGGAGGGCGCGAUACGCAUGAACGGCUGGCUCAUCUGCAAGGAGCAGGACGAGAUGCUGAACAUGGCCUUCACCGUGGGCUCCUUCCUCCUCAGCGCCAUCACCCUGCCCCUGGGCAUCGUCAUGGACAAGUACGGCCCCCGCAAGCUCAGGCUGCUUGGCAGCACCUGCUUUGCUUUCUCCUGUCUGCUGAUCGCUUAUGGAGCCUACAACCCAGACGAGCUCUCGGUGCUCAUCUUCGUUGCCCUGACCUUCAACGGGUUUGGAGGAAUGUGUAUGACCUUCACCUCUCUAACACUGCCAAACAUGUUUGGAGACCUUCGCUCCACAUUUAUUGCCCUGAUGAUCGGGUCGUACGCCUCGUCUGCUGUCACCUUCCCUGGCAUUAAGGUGAUCUAUGAUCUGGGAGUGUCCUUCAUCACCAUCCUGGUAGUGUGGGCCGCCUGCGCUGGCAUCGUCUUCGUCAACUGCUUGUUAAACUGGCCCCUGGAGCCUUUCCCUGGACCAGAGGACAUGGACUACUCGGUGAAGAUCAAGUUCAGCUGGCUGGGUUUUGAUCACAAGAUCACAGGGAAGCAGUUUUACCAGCAGGUGACUACGGUGGGCCGGCGUCUGAGCGUGGGCCACUCCCAGAAGCCCAAGGAGCUGUCCACCACCGAGGGCAACACACUGUGCCUCUCCACCAUGGACCUAGAGGUGCAGUGCAAGCCCAAGGAAGAGUCCCAGUCCUUCAUGCACAGCAUCCUAAGCCCUCUCUUCAUGCUGUCUCUGGUCACCAUGUGUGUGACGCAGCUCCGUCUCAUCUUCUACAUGGGGGCCAUGAAUAACAUCCUGGAGGACCUCAGCGGCGGAGACCUCAACACAGUGGAGAGAAUGGAGUUGGUGAGUCUCUACACCUCCAUCUUCGGUGUGAUGCAGUUCCUGUGCCUCAUGACAACUCCGGUCAUCGGUCAGAUCAUGGACUGGAAGCUCAAAGAGUGCGACGACGGGGAAAAUGAGAAGACUGAGCUCAGCAAAGACCAGCCUCAGCCGAAGCGCCGGGACAGACAGAUCCAGAAGAUCACUAAUGCCACACGGGCCUUCGUCUUCACCAACAUCCUCUUAGUGGGCUUUGGCAUCACCUGCCUCAUCCCAAACCUGCCUCUACAGAUGCUGUCUUUCGUCCUGCACACCAUCGUAAGAGGAUUCCUCCACUCAGCCACUGGUGGACUCUAUGCUGCUGUCUACCCCUCGUCCCAGUUUGGUAGUCUGACGGGGAUGCAGUCUCUGGUUAGCGCUCUCUUCGCACUGCUGCAGCAGCCUCUGUUCAUGGCUAUGAUGGGCCCCCUCGAGGGAGACCCCACCUGGGUGAACGUUGGUCUGCUGGGAGUGAGUAUGUUUGGCUUCCUCCUGCCCCUCUACCUGGUGUACUUCCGCCGACAGCUGAGGCUGAAGAGGAAGGAGAAGGACAACGAGGCCAAAAUCUACCUGAAGAUCAACGGGACCACCAACCCAGAGGCUUUUGUGUAGAGCUGGGGUACAGCGGGCUAAAUCUGAGGGGUAGAAAUUAGAAGGAGUUGAAAGACAAAGAGAAGAAGCGAGAGAAAGAAAGAGAGAGAGAGUGAGAGUCAUGGGGAGAGGAGAGAGAAGCGAGAGAGAGAGAGUCAUGGGGAGAGGAGAGGAGAGGAGAGGGAGUUAUGUUCUGUCUCUCAGUGGCAGGCUGCACCAUGAUUCUAGACUCCUUGAGAACACAGAGAGCUUCACCUUUCCUGUUAUUUAUUUAAAUGUGUUGUUAUCAGAUCAACUGAUGUCUUCCAAAUGUUUCAUGUUUCAUGUUUCAACAUAUUAGAUGUAUACUCUCAAUAUGACUAAUACGAAGGUGCUCUUUUUAGAGACUGCUUUUGUUUAGAUCAGCUACAUCAGACACAACAGAGAGCUGACUGGUUGGAUAUUGAUCAAUAAACAUGAUUUAUGUUUAGCCUAUCAGCAGAUAAAGACGUUGAUGAUAUUUAACAAGAGGGACGGUCAGUUUAAUAAAAUGUGCCCAGGUUUGACCAUAGAAGUGUGCAGGCCUACUUUAAAAGGAAUGAAUGUGAUUUGUAAGUUACAGUUACACACGUAAAGCUACUCUCAUGUAUUUCAUUUUAUAAAUAUUUUUUUAUGGUAAGAGUUGACGCAGACACAAUAUUUAUACAUAAAAGUGGCUUUACUUUGUGGAUUGUUUUUAUUUAAAUUGUAUUAUGUUUUACUUUUUCGAUUAAUUUUUUGGGCUUUUAUGUGCCUACUAAUCAUGGGAAACUGAGCACUUCAACCCAGCCUCCAUCAGUUUAUAUCGUAAGGGUAUAUCCCAUGUUUUAACUUUAACAAAUUCAGUAUUUUUAACAUUGAUAUGAAAAAAAAAAAUGAUUGCUGAAGUGUUUUACAUGAUGUGUUGUUUUGUUGAGAACCAUUGAAAGGUUAUGUGAAAAAGACUGAGUGGUUGAAAAUGAUGAGGUAAAAUGUCAAAGCUAAUGUUUUAAAAGUUUGAACAGCAGAGAUAAUAGUCAAAUAGGCAGCACGCUUCAUUGCUUGUAAUUAAUAUUGCCUUAUUUUAAGUAUUUAUUUGAUUUUUAUUUCAUGACAUUUCUCAUCAGAACCAUGUUUUUUUUGUGAAAUAUCUUUGCAGCCUUUUCUUCAUAACAUUCUUUCCCCUCUGUCUUGCAGUACACUUUGUAAGAGGUAUUUGUAUUUGUUUAGAGGCAUUAUUCUUAUGUGUGAGUAAUAAAUUAUUAUCAUAAAAUA